GAAAUUUAUCAAUGUUAUUUAUUUGAUCAGUAUUAUUUUUACUAAUUGGCGCAACAAGUUUUUUUGUAAAAUGAAUGCACAUUAUACAGUUCGAUAUUACUAAACAACGUUCUUUUUGUAAGUGAUAAGUGUUAGAAGAAAAAAACAUAUUGAGGGAAAUGUUCUUCUGCUUUUUUCUUCUUUUUACGUAAUUACGUAAUAAGGCAUAUCAUAUUCUCUGUAUCUUUAAUAUUAGUUAAGAAAUCAUCUUGAAAUGUGAUCUUUUUAAUGGAAUGCUGCAUACGUUUUUAUGUCGUACGAAAUCGUACAUCAAAGUUCAAUUGCACGACGAUGAUCUUCAGGGUCAAAAAUUUCACCUUCGGAAAAGCUAUCCGAUUUUUUAUUCGAGACAGUAACAAACACAUAAAAGACUCACAAUAAUUUUUACAGUUUCUUUUAUAUUCUGACGAGAGCAAACUAAUGUUCUUGACAUUUAAAUUUAUUGGCGCCACUGUUAGUCCAAUAAAAAUCAAUUACAUCGAUUGACCAAUUAGCGUAUUAGAAUCAAUUCUCAAAUAUGACCAUAUUAUAUACAGCAGAAUAGUUUAUUUAUACUGUUUUAUUUUGUGUAUUUAUUUUCAAUCAGGCUAUUUACAGCAGAAAUACGUAUAUAUAUAUCUUGUAUCUACAUUAAGUUUAAAGAUAUUAUAUUUUUUGAACAUUUUAUUAUUUAUCCGCCAGAUGGCGCCCGCAUCGAUUUAUAUUAUUUUGUAACGAACUUGUCCAUCUCAUGAAGAUUCUAGAUAUAUGUUUUAUAAGUAGCGGGAGAACGGUUUACAAAAGUUUAAGAAUGAAGUUUUAUGAAUUUUAUGUAGUGUAUUUUAUAAAUGAAUGUAUUACUGUAUUAAUUAUCGAAUAAUGGAAAGUUCAAGUACUUUACCUGGUGCCAGUCGAGUAACAUUGCAGACACCGUAUAGGACACCUAGAUUAAAAUUUAGUUUAGAACAAGAGUUGCUAACCUCAAAUGAAGAAAGUGACACGAAAACAUUAAAAGAAAUAAUAUCUUUAACUUGGAAUAUUUAUGGAGUAUCAGCAUUAUUUGGAUUUCAAUAUAAUGAUAAAACUAUUCUUAAGUUAUAUGGAAAACGAUUGAGGGAAGAAAUAGCAACUAAUUUGUCACAAGAGAAUGUUGCAUAUGAUGCACAUUUGUCUAUUAUAGAAAAUACAAUAUCAGAUACUAUGCGUCUACCUCUGCUGAAGGUUGAAGUUUAUGCAAAAAAACUUGAUCAAGAGAAUAAUGUAGAAAAGUGUAUUUAUAUAGGAUUUUUUCUAUCAUUGAAAACAAAUAAUGAUUUAAAAGCAGACAAUUCUGUCAAAUUGCCUUUGUUAUUGUGCCGUGGUACUCGUACCUGUAUGAAUGUUGUACAUUCCACAUUUAAUCGUAUGUUUGACUGUCUUAUUAUUGCAUUACCUAUCGAACAAGACGAUUUGAUGUGGCUACUUCCAAUUAUAAUUUUACCUACUAGCGAAGAAAAAUAUCCAAACGAUACUGAGGAAGUUCGAUUGGAAUAUCUAGUCCCUGGAUUAUCUACUACAAACACAAUUACUGCUAAAUUUAGUACCUUAGAUCUAAUCAAAAUUUUAAAUGCAAUAAUGGAAAGUCAAAAUAAUGAAACGCAGAUAGUAAUGAACCUAACUAUUGAACACAUACAAAGGUUUCGCGAGUGUCUACAGGUUCAAAUGAAAAAAAUUGCUGGAUUAGAAUUAGGACUAUGCACUUUACACAGAAUCAGUUUACCUAGAGGAACUUUAAUGGACAACAAGAUGAAGAUAAUGGAUCCAGAAAUUAUGAAGCGUGUUUUAUUAUACAUGACAGAAAAAUCUUUAGACAUGUUACAUGCAUUAUUUUUAUAAUUAGUCAUAAUAUAUUUAAAAUAUUUUUA